GCCACUUAAAAACGUAAGAAGAAGAAGCUUUGACGCUCACGGUGAUCUUCGCAGUGCACUGUUGAGCACACUGGCAACAUGGCAGCCGCUGUCGGGAGACUUCUCGGGACUUCUACAAAAAGAGUUACAGUUAAUGGACUGAAGGCCUUCAUUCCUCGCAAUGGAGCAUCAGUGAUUAGGGCUCCACGAACCCUUCCCAGCAUUGCUGCACAAAAAGCUUGCUUCUCAAUCAGCGCAACUAGAUGGGCUCCAGCAGUCACUCAGCCAGCACCACACUUCAAAGGCACUGCUGUUCUUAAUGGAGAAUUCAAGGAUAUCAGCCUAGAAGAUUUCAAGGGCAAAUACCUUGUCCUUUUCUUCUACCCACUAGAUUUCACAUUUGUCUGCCCUACAGAAAUCAUCGCUUUCAGUGACAAGGCCAAUGAGUUUCAUGAUGUAAACUGUGAGGUAGUUGGUGUGUCUGUGGACUCUCACUUUACCCACCUGGCCUGGACCAACACCCCAAGAAAGAGUGGAGGUUUAGGGAAAAUCCACAUUCCCCUGUUGGCUGACCUCUCAAAGCAAGUCUCCCGAGACUAUGGGGUCCUGUUGGAGGGUCCUGGAAUUGCUUUAAGGGGUCUUUUUAUUAUUGAUCCGAAUGGAGUGAUCAAACACAUGAGUGUAAAUGACCUGCCAGUUGGGCGCUCUGUUGAGGAAACCCUCCGUCUGGUUAAGGCCUUCCAGUUUGUGGAAACCCAUGGUGAAGUCUGUCCUGCCAGCUGGACUCCGAAGUCGCCCACAAUCAAGCCAACUCCAGAGGGCUCAAAGGAAUACUUUGAGAAGGUCAACUGAACCCCAAAACUACUGGUGCUAACUACUGGAUCAUGCAGAUCUUAGCAGUUAACUGAACCAUCUUGCUCUGUUAUGCACAUUACAGUAAAUUAAUUUGAUUAUUUAUAGAAUUUACGUCUCCGCAUAUUGGGAGUUAAUUGGGUGUAGAAUCUGUUUUGAUUCAUGUAUUUGAUAAGCAGUCUAAAUAAAAAGUGCAGUAUGUGUUGAA